AUGGACCUAUUUCGAACUCUUCAAUGCUCAGCACAUUCACGUACAGCAUUACGCACACAUAUCCAUGCAUUAAUUUUCAGUCAAGGCCUACCAAGUAUUUUCUUAACUCUCAAUCCGGCUGAUAUUCAUAGUCCCGUCGCAUCAUAUUUUGCCGGCGUCAAACUUGAUCUAGACAAUGUUCAAGCGGAACAGCUUAUGGAUACAUACAGACGUGCCGAAAUCAUAGCUUCUCAUCCUGUUGCUACAGCGAAACUCUUUCAUACGUUGAUUUCCAAUAUCUUAGAUACAAUGAUUAUGGGUGGUGUACUCGGUCCUGUAAAAGCUUACUUUGGCACUGUUGAAAGUCAACGCCGCGGCUCGCUUCAUUUACAUCUCUUAAUUCGGCUCGAUAUCAAGAUCAAACCAACUGAUAUGAAGGAAAAGGUGCAAGAUUCAGAUUUUCGUGAAAGACUUAUCGCAUACUUGGAAGAUAUUAUCAAAGAAGACCUAGAUGGCUUCAAAGACAUAAAAAUUCAAGUCCCAUCCACUCCAUCAGCAUCCGAUCAUUCACCACAACUAGCAACAGAUNAAGGCAAGAUGAAUGUUGAGGAUACUCAACCAAAAAUAUUUCCGGCCUGCUUACCUACUCCAAAUCCAUCGCUUUCUAAUUUCAAAUCGAGAUUUCGUGCUGAUGUGGUACUACUAGUUAAAGCACAGAACACUCACAUUCACACUGAUACAUGUUACAAAUACUGUGACCUUAUCUAUAACGGCAAACGAGUUUGUCGAAUGCGUUUGCCACGCAAAUUAGUGCCAAAGUCGAUAAUUGAUCCUGAAACUGGGGAUAUACGUAUGCGACGAUCGCAUCCGAUGAUCAAUAAUUAUAAUGAAUAUAUCAUAUCAGCAUGUCGUUCUAAUAUGGACAUCAAGUUUAUUUGGACAGGCAGCGAUGUCAAAGCUCUUGUCUAUUAUAUUACAGAUUAUUGGUUGGCCCCAACGGGCGCUAAGCCCAUGGGACAUCAAGAUCAAGAUCAAGAUCAAGAUUAUUUUCAACCAUGA